AGGAAGAGAAGCGGCAGAGCUGAGUGACUGAGCAGCGAGGGAGGGUGAAACACUGCCACAGGAGGAGGCCAUGCCAUGAGACAGAGAGUGGGUGAGCGAGAGACUGAAACACAGUUCAGACAAGUGGAUGAGGAAGUCGUGAUGGUGAGCACAUGGGUGUGGCUGGUUAGCAGCCUUUCAGAAGUGACACACAGAGGAAAGCACCGCGGAUGAAUCUUUGGACUCGGGCACCUCACAGGAUGGAUACCAAGAUGUAUUUUACCCACUUGGCCUUCUUCCUGUUAGUCAUGUUUAAAGUGUCGAAGGCUCUCACUCCCACAGCCGCAGAUCAAAUGCAGUCUCUGAGCAGCAAUACGGCAAACUCAACGACGAUGCCUACUGCUCCGACUCCUACUGGAAGAAGAGUGGAAAACAGAGUCACCAGAGACGCUGACUCCUCGCCGGAAAUCUUGCCUUCUGAACGAACCACAAACAAGAACAGUAGCACCAGCUACCGAGCCGAUGUCCACACCACCCCAUCACAAAUGAAGAAUUCCACAGCUGCCGAUGAGGGGACAACCAAACCAAAAACCAAGUUCCCACCCACUCCAGCAUCCACAGUGACAUCCUCCUCAUCCAUAACUGUGAAAACCACCAAAAAUGAAGCUCAUCGCAUUGUUGCCUGGGAUCCAAAGUGGGAUGAAGAUUUCAACUACGAUUAUAAGUCCCUCCGCAUUGCUGGACUGUCCAUUGCAGCAGUGCUUUUCAUUGUGGGCAUUAUGGUCAUUGGCUGUGGCAGGGCCUGUCGGCUGUCCAGAUGUCACCAAAGGCCACCAAAAUCACAUUGAGUGGUCCAAGGAUACGGAGAGGGAGCAUAUGUACAGGAGUCCAUCAGGAGAAAACAAUUAAAACCUGGCACCAUGUGUGUGUGUAUGUAGUUGACUGUAUGCUGCUUGGUGUCAUAGAAUAAUACUCAAUAAACAUAGAAAACAUGAAUCAUUCUGACAAGUGAAAGAAGUGAAACCAUCACCCGCUUAAUCUUCAUCUAAUAUCAUUUUUAUACUUGCAAAACUGCAGUGAAAAAGGGAUUACUUGUCUUUGCAAAUAAUGAGAUGAUUCAUAUUUUAUAUAUUCACACCUUCAACCAUGAAGCGGGCUUGUUUCUAAUGACCCUUUAUCUUAUAACUGAUAACACAGCCAUUGGCAGUGUCUCACAGCCAGGAUUAUUAUUAAAGGUCGUAAAGAAUAACUCCAUAACAUCCUGUACUUGACAAUCUCGCACAGCACUGAGACUGAAGCUGGGUCACUUCCCCCUCCUGAUAGAUACUUCACGCACUUUACCCUUUCAAUCUCAACAAAAACGUGAUGUUUAGUAAGGGGUGUCUAAGCCUCUUAGUGGCUCUAUGCUUGUAAGUGAGUAAAGCCCCAGAUUAAACAAGAUCCACUGGCGCAUUAUCAUUACAUCCAUAUGGCAUAAAACGGUGCAGACAAUAAACCGGGGGAAAAACAAGCAUAUUUUAUAACAGAUUUAAUGUCAAAAGCAACACAGAGUUCAGGAUAGUUAUAUGAUAUACAAUAGUAUGAACUGUUCCAAUUGCUACGAGAACAAAAUCAAAGAGAGAGUAUAUGUGAAAACAGAAUUGAUUUAUGAUUUGAUAUGACUGAAAUUGUUUUCUCAUGAGCUAGAUCGUUAUAUAUUAUAUACUAAUUAUAUAAUAACACUAAUGUAAAUGCCAUUGGCAAACAUAAUACAUACAGUAUGGGUUCAUCUGGAUACACAAGUGCAUACACAAACGUGUAUUCAACAUUAAGUCCAAAUUAAAAAGAAAUGUGCUGCAAAAUGACACAAAUACAAAUAUUUUACAUAAUAAAGCUUUUAGAAAAUAACUGACUCCACCUGCCACAACAUGUUUUGCACAGAAUGUAUAAAUGAACAGUGGAGAGAAGACAUCACCCCUUAACAA